CGGCGGCGACGGGGUCAGAGGUCAAAGGUCGCUCCCCCAGCAUCCUCCGUGCGGGUUGCUCAGCCAUCUUGGAUCCUCGGGACAAGAAAAUUCAUGCGGAAGUGUCCAUCAAAGCUUGCUUGCUUCAGCAGACACAAAAAAAUUAAUGGGCAAAAGUACAGUUUUUAGGUGACAAACAGCAUGUUUGGUGCUUCAAGAAAGAAGUUUGUAGAGGGGGUCGACAGUGACUACCACGAUGAAAAUAUGUACUACAGCCAGUCUUCGAUGUUUCCACAUCGAUCAGAAAAAGAUAUGCUGGCAUCACCAUCAACAUCAGGUCAGCUGUCUCAGUUUGGGGCAAGUCUAUACGGGCAACAAAGUGCACUAGGCCUUCCAAUGAGGGGAAUGAGCAACAAUACCCCUCAGUUAAAUCGCAGCUUAUCACAAGGCACUCAGUUACCGAGCCACGUAACGCCAACAACAGGGGUACCAACAAUGUCACUUCACACGCCUCCAUCUCCAAGCAGGGGUAUUUUGCCUAUGAAUCCUAGGAAUAUGAUGAACCACUCCCAAGUCGGUCAGGGCAUUGGAAUUCCCAGCAGGACAAACAGCAUGAGCAGUUCAGGAUUAGGCAGCCCUAACCGAAGCUCACCCAGUAUAAUCUGUAUGCCAAAGCAACAACCCUCUCGACAACCUUUUACUGUGAACAGUAUGUCUGGAUUUGGAAUGAACAGGAAUCAGGCGUUUGGAAUGAAUAACUCUUUAUCAAGUAACAUUUUUAAUGGAACAGAUGGCAGUGAAAAUGUGACAGGACUGGAUCUUUCAGAUUUUCCAGCACUAGCAGACAGAAGCAGAAGGGAAGGAAGUGGGAACCCAACCCCAUUAAUAAACCCUCUGGCUGGAAGGGCACCUUAUGUUGGAAUGGUAACAAAACCAGCAAGUGAGCAAACCCAGGACUUCUCAAUACACAAUGAAGAUUUUCCAGCAUUACCAGGCUCCAAUUACAAAGAUCCAACAUCAAGUAAUGAUGACAGUAAAUCUAAUUUGAAUACAUCAGGCAAAACAUCUUCCAGUGCAGACGGACCUAAGUUUCCUGGAGAUAAAAGUUCAACAACGCAAAACAACAACCAGCAGAAAAAAGGGAUCCAAGUGUUACCUGAUGGUCGAGUUACCAACAUUCCUCAAGGGAUGGUGACAGACCAAUUUGGCAUGAUUGGUUUGUUAACAUUUAUCAGGGCAGCAGAGACAGAUCCUGGCAUGGUACAUCUCGCAUUAGGAAGUGACUUGACAACUCUAGGUCUCAAUCUCAACUCUCCUGAAAAUCUUUACCCUAAAUUUGCAUCACCAUGGGCUUCUUCACCUUGUCGACCUCAAGAUAUAGAUUUCCAUGUUCCAUCCGAAUACUUAACGAACAUUCACAUUAGGGAUAAGUUGGCUGCAAUAAAGCUUGGCCGCUAUGGGGAAGAUCUGCUGUUUUAUCUCUAUUACAUGAAUGGAGGAGAUGUAUUACAGCUAUUAGCAGCAGUAGAGCUAUUUAACCGAGAUUGGAGAUACCACAAAGAAGAAAGAGUAUGGAUUACCAGGGCACCAGGAAUGGAACCAACAAUGAAAACCAAUACAUAUGAGAGGGGAACAUACUACUUCUUUGACUGUCUUAACUGGAGAAAAGUAGCUAAGGGGGAAAAGGGUAGACAGACAACUUGGUCAAGACAAGAUCUACCAAAUUUAUUUGAGUUCCAUCUGGAAUAUGACAAAUUAGAAGAAAGGCCUCAUCUGCCAUCCACCUUCAACUACAACCCUGCUCAGCAAGCCUUCUAAGACUUUCCUUGUCUUGGGGUAUGGCUGUCUCAGCACAAUACUCAACAUAACUGCAAAACUGAUGUGGCUCAGGCAUCCUGGUUUUAAUUCCUUUUGAGGAUCUGGCAAUUGGCUCAUGCAAAAGGGUCACCAUUUGAAGUCCUGCCUUACUAAUUAUGUGCUGCCCAACAACUAAAUUCAUAAUUUGUUUUUCUUUAGUUUGAGCAGGGUCGGAUUUUUUUUUAAAUUUUUAUUAUUAUUAUUAUUUUGCCAGCAGACAAGCUUGAGUCUGUAAAGACAAGCAAGUACACUGACAAAGUUUACCACUUAGUUUCCAAAAUGUAAAAAAGAGAGAGAGAGAGAGAGAGGAAAAAAGCAGAAAUAGACAAUAAAAUUUGCAUUGUUCAUUGUAGCACUCUUGGUAAUAAAAAAAAUGUUUGUGCAUUUUUAUGUGAAGAUCCUUCUCGUAUUUCAUUUGGAAAGAUGAGCAAGGUCUGCUUCCUUCAUUUUACUUCCCCUUCAGUUUUUGAAAAGGCAGUUCUCGCCAACUUAAUGCAAGAAUAUCUGACUGUUUAGAAGAAAGAUAUUGCCACAACUGUUGGUUCAUUUCCAAGGUUGUGUGUUACUGAGCUUCAUCUUUCCAGAAUGAGCAAAACACUGUCCAGUCUUUGUUACGAUUUUGUAAUAAAUGUGUACAUUUUUUUUAAAUUUUUGGACAUCACAUGAAUAAAGGUAUGUAUGUACGAAUGUGUAUAUAUUAUAUAUAUGACAUCUAUUUUGGAAAAUGUUUGCCCUGCUGUACCUCAUUUUUAGGAGGUGUGCAUGGAUGCAAUAUAUGAAAACGGGACAUUCUGGAACUGCUGGUCAGGGGACGUCUUUGUCGCCCUGUGCACUAAAGGGCCAGAUUUCAGCAGCCAAGGACAUCCAUACCCAAGUGAAUGUGAUGGGACUUAACGAAGUGAACUGAGACAAUUCACUCUGGCUGUUUGAACAGCAGCGUUUCAUAGGAAGAGAAAAAAAAAGAUCAAUCUUGUAUUUUCUGACCACAUAAAGGCUUCUUCUCUUUGUAAUAAAGUAGAAAAGCUCUCCUCA